AUGAUAGAACUCGUGACACGACAUUACCGCGAGACAAUACCACGAACGACAUUACCGCGAGCGACAUUACCGCGAGCGACAUUACCGCGAACGACGUUACCGCGAACGACAUUACCGCGAGCGACAUUACCGCGAGCGACAUUACCGCGAACGACGUUACCGCGAACGACAUUACCGCGAACGACAUUACCGCGAACGACGUUACCGCGAAC